AGUUUACUUCAGUGUUUCUAUAAAUAAGAAUAUCAUAAAUAAGAAAAUGAAUCAACGAAGGAGUGAGAUUCAGUAAAAAUUAUUCUUAGAUGCCAUAACAUUUGGAGUAUUCCCCGAGAUAUGCAACAUAAAAUGGAUUUCGAAGUUCCUGUAUUAGCUGGAUACCUUAAUGUGCCAAUGCAAUCUAGCUUUUCUUUAAACCGAAUAUCGAAAAAGAAAAACUGCCACAGAUAUUGCCUACUUUUCAAUUCAAGUCGGCAUGGUAUUGAACGUCUCGAAAUUUGCGAAUCGAAAGAGGACAAGAAUCCGAAAAUAGUAACACUUGAAAAUUGUGUAAAGAUAACUCAAGAACCUGCCCCCGCAAAUCUAAUACAAGUUAUAAAGAAAACUGAAUCUCUAACAUUAAAUACCCUGUCAGAGGAGGAUUUAAAAGAAUGGACGAAUGCAUUACAAAUGGUUGCCUUUCGCAACAAAAACAGCCUCCACACCCCACAAGCAGCAAUAGAAGAAGAUAAUGAUUUAUAUUGUAGCUCUUUUGGGGAUGGUUUAUUUAUUAUUACUCUUAUUCCUUCCGAUACAUCAAUACGUUGCAACCUUGAAUCGAAAUCGUACAUUCUCCACUUAACUGCAACUGAACUUCAAUUGAAGUGCACGGAAGACCUUAACGAAAUAAGAGCAAGGUGGCCGUACCGAUUUAUUCGUAAAUAUGGGUAUCGUGAUGGAAAAUUUACAUUUGAGGCAGGCAGGAAAUGUUGCACUGGUGAAGGCAUAUUCACACUGGACCAUACCAACCCCCAAGAAAUAUUCCGAUGCAUGGCCGCAAAAAUGAAGUCUAUGAAAAAGCUAAUAAACUGUGACAGUCUCAAUAAUGACAUUAAUGAAAACCAUUGGAACAUUGCUGCAAAUAUGGAGGCAGGUUCUCGAAGCCCCUUGGCACCCAACAAUCAACAGUGCACAAACAUCGAAAAUAAUUCCCAUAGUGGAGUUUCUUAUCGAGAAUUCACUGCAUCAAGUGAUUCUCUUAACAGUUUUUUCGCAAAUUCUAAUUCCAAUUCGAUAUCUACCUUACUACCCCCAAUUAUAAAGCAGAUCCCGAACAAACCCCCUCGUAAAAUACAGCCGCCAUUUGUAUCGUCCACAAAUUCUAAUAAAUCAGUACCACAUGGAACAAAUCUAAACUUUCAAUCAAAUUCUGAAAAAUUAUGCAAAUAUCCAAACUAUGAUGCAGUUUCAAUCACAACAUCGAGUGAUCCCAACAAAACUGUUGGAUCAACCCUAGUUAUUAAGCCCAAUUCUCCAGAGUGUGUGCGUAAACAAAGUCUACAACUGCCUAAAGACAAUAAGUCAACAUCAAACACUGAACGAGAUUACGAAAGCAUAGAAGCUGUUACUGAUGCUUGGAAGACACUUGGAAUAGAUGAUGUAAAACACACUGAACGCAUUUUGGCUAACCACAGCGAUGAUGUCUUUAUUGAACCGAGUUGGCAACGUCCUGUCACCGUGUGUCAACGUUCUUUAAAAGAAACAUUUUUGCCAUCAAAAGUUUCAAGAGUGAUAGAUAUUGACAUUGGAGAAGGAGGUGGAGGGGGAACGGCUUGUACCAAUUCAAGAAGCAUUGAUGAUACGUAUGAUCGCCUCGAUUUUAUGUCGCCAAAUAAUAAAAACUCGAGUGGUUAUAACACCCUUGUGUCUGUCAUAUCGCCUACUCGUAAGCGCUGCAAUUCCCCCUCACUUGGCGAUUAUGAAUUUAUAGGAAAUCCUGAAGUGCAGUUUUCCAAGAAAAACGAAGUAGUCAACUCUGGAGUUAGUCGAACUUCCAACACAACAUCGCCAUGCCCAUCUUCACUUGCACUUAAUUGCAACAUUGUCGGCUCAAAAUAUUUCGAUUCGCCAGUCGGGCAGCAAACGUUUCAGGACGCCAAAAUUUCACCGGCUCAUCAAAAUUAUAGUGGCAUAAACUAUACAAUAGUUAGUAAGCCUAAAAGAGUUUGAUAUUAAAAUUUUAUUUAAAAAAAAUCCUCUUUCAAAACUGUGAUUGUCGUAUUUGAAUUACAACUGUUUUAUUCGAUCGAUUUACAAAGAAAAUACCUGUAAAUCCAUACAUACAUAUGUGCGCCAUAUAGCAGAAGAAAUAAAACUUUUAUUGCAUACAUA